UAGUUAUAAAUCCAUCUGCCAGCUAUUAAUGCAAGAGUUGCCAAUUGUAAAUUUUAGUAGAGUUUCUCGCAGCAGUGCAGCAUCAGUUGGCGCAAUGGGCAAAUAUCGAAAAACAAUUGGAGACUUCCUAAAUCGUGAUCACAAAUGGGCGUAUCAGGAAAUUAUCGCCGAGUCCAUAGUGGUUCUGUGGUUCGCGUUGCAAAUUGCGCUGAAGUUCGGCACCAGAUUCUUCCCCGAAUGGCAGAACACUCGGCUUGAUCCCGAUUAUAAAACUGGCCUCGACAGCAUUCUGGCAGAACUGGGAUACCCAGUGGACGGUUGCAUUUGGGAUGAGAUUGUAUCCUCUUGGAUUCCUACGACGGCCGAUACCGUUGCGGAUAGUGAGUCCACACCGGAUCCGGCCGCUGAUGACCACCGCGGUCGCCUAGGCUAUGUCGCCGUCUUCAUUACCGUCUGCGCCGCGGUCCUCCUCAGUGUAUCGGUGGGAUGUUCGCUGCUGGUAAAUCGGAAUUGGAGAUAUUCGCCAUGGAAAAAACACUGCCGCUGGGUCAACCACAUCCCGUUCGCCACUUGGUCCCAUCAACUACCGACUUGGGUGUCCUUCAUCGAGAGAUUCCUCUACCUGCUAGUUGUGCUUUUUAUCGCAUCGGUCUGUGCUCUCGUCUGGCUGGUGCUGCGGGUACUGCCAGUUGUCCUAAUGGGUGGAACUGCGGCCGCCCUAGCCAUUAAAACGUGCGGUCUGAAGGCCGUGUUCCCAUGCUGUGUGUUGCUGAUGAACAUUUUCUGUAUCUACUGUACCGGCCGCAUUUGGGGUUUAUGGAUGAAGGAAACAUACUUUUCCUGGAUCAGCAACAAGCUCAGGCGUAUGCGUGGUACGGCGCUGGUUAAGGAUUCGGUAGCGGUGGAAGAAGCCCCGCUCGCAGCGGCAGAAAUUACAAGCCCGCCCACAACACCGAAGAAAACAAUACUAGGGAUACUCUUUUAUCGAUACUGGGCGACCUUAUUGAAAUUAAGCUUCUUAUUAUGCUGGUGUUAUGCUGUAAUCGAAACUAUCCGACCAAUAGAAAUUUUCAUUCCUCCGUCGGAUAGCUUGCGCCGAUCAUGGGAUUGGUGGAGCCUAUUCGUCCGUGCCUUUUAUCCUAACGGCACCGCAACCGGUGAAACGUAUUGUAUUACCUAUCAAACGGGUAUGAUGCGCGUCCCCCAAGCUAUGCUGUCUUACUGGGUGGAUUUGGACUAUCCGCGCUGGAACACCAGCCAUCCGGCACUGCUGUCCCUGUACUCCUCUACCUAUUCACCGCUAACAUACGAGGUUCUAUGGCGAUGGAUUUGGAUACUGCCUUGGUUAAGUAAUCUACCAACGAUGUUCGCGCUCGUCAUCUACGGACUUGGCCACAGGUCUCUGGAUCGGGCAUGUGCCUAUCUGCGCAAAAACAGGGCCCACGAACCCAGCGAAUUCGAGGCUGGUCACGAAGAAAAGCCGCAGGAAACGGUGGACGAAGGUAGCAUUGGGGCGACCAGUCCCUAUACGCCAUGCUGUGCUCCCGAUACCGCUAUCCCGGUGAAGAACCCGGUGGACGACUCAUCGGAGCCCGAUUUCUGUGCGUGCCCGUUGUACGUCGGCCUCAUCGCCAUUAUGGCGGUUAUGCUCCGGCGAACUGCGUGCUUUUUCUGUCUGCCCUAUCCGCUGGUGCAGUUGCUUGUUCCGGAGCCGCUGCAGUUGUUGGCGCUUUUGCUGAUGGUAACCGUAUAUGGAGCCUGGCUUGGCUGGAAGCACCUGCACGAAGUUAUCGAGUUGCGGAGAGAAACCCUGGCAGCGGCGUCGAUUCCAUCAACUGGCGCCGGUGAAGGAUGGUGGUCAGAGCCCAUUUCCUUAGAUAUAUAACGCUGCAGUUACGAUGCGUCAACGCAGAAGCAAACAGAUAUCCUUAUAAAAAAUUAUACAGACUGCCUACAGCUGGUGAAAAACUUGUGAAACAUUUAGUAGGAUAUAGAGCAGUCGCCAGUGGAUAUAGUAAUCCAAGGUUUACACAUUUAUUAAUUUUCCUGUAUAUGUGGGUGAUUUUGGUUAUCGAUUCAGUCGACAGAGUAUUAUGCCAGGGCUUAUGGAAAUUACUCAGUGUGUAUGGAAAUCUCUGCAUAACUCAGCAUGUGUACUGCAUGGUAUCACCACUACGGUGUUGCAUUUAAAAACUAUUUCUAAAUUCUAAUCAGUAGUAUUGAAAGUAUUAAAAUCAUAAAUAUUUAUUAGUGUACGUGUACGAAAAGCAUUGUUUGUCUUGGAUAAGGCUACAUAACCGGCAUAGCAUGCUGACCAUGCUUUCCAGUUUUCCCUGUUUG